UCCUGACCCACUCCAGUGACAACACAGGGUUAGGCGACUGCGGCUGCCUGGACAAGGGCUGAAGGGGAAGAGAAAGCAGCCCUGAGCUGUGGCCGGACAUUGGAGGAGCUGGGAAGCAGCCCACAGCAGAGAUGAAGGGGGAAGCUGGACGUCAGCGCCAUGAGAAGCCGAAGCAGGAGGGACACAUCUGGGGCUCCAUGCGGAGGACCGCCUUCAUCCUGGGCUCCGGCCUUCUCCUGCUGGUGGCCUUCUGGAACUCCGUCACAUGGCAUCUUCAGAGAUUCUGGGGUGCUUCUGGCCACUUCUGGCAAGCCCAGUGGGAGAGGCUGCUGCUCACAUACGAAGGGAAGGAGUGGAUCCUCUUCGUGACAGGUGCCACCUACAUGCCUGUCCUGUCAUUCUGGACUAUCAACGGGCUCCUACUCGUGGUUGACACAACCGGGAAACCCAACUUCAUCUCCCGCUACCGGAUUCAGCUUGGCAAGAAUGAGCCGGUGGACCCCGUGAAACUGCGCCAGUCUGUGCGCACGGUGCUGCUCAACCAGCUCCUCAUCUCCCUCCCCAUCGUGGUCCUCCUCUACCCCACCCUCAAGCUGUGGAGAGACCCCUGCCGCCGGGAGCUGCCCACCUUCCACUGGUUCCUCUUGGAGCUGGCCAUCUUCACGCUGAUCGAGGAGAUCAUGUUCUACUACUCACACCGGCUCCUCCACCACCCAGUGUUCUACAAGAAAAUCCAUAAGAAACACCACGAGUGGACGGCUCCCAUUGGCGUGAUCUCGCUCUACGCCCACCCUGUCGAGCAUGUGGUCUCCAACAUGCUGCCGGCGAUGGUGGGGCCCGUAGUCAUGGGCUCCCACUUGUCCUCCAUCAUGGUGUGGUUCUCCCUGACACUCAUCAUCACCACCAUCUCCCACUGCGGCUACCACCUACCCUUCCUGCCUUCACCCGAGUUCCAUGACUAUCACCAUCUCAAGUUCAACCAGUGCUACGGGGUGCUGGGGGUGCUGGACCAUCUGCACGGGACAGACACCGUGUUCAAGCAGACCAAGGCCUACGAGAGACACAUCCUCCUGUUAGGCUUCACCCCACUCUCUGAGAGCAUCCCCGACCCCCCAAAGAUGGAGUGAGAGAGGGCCCGAGUGCCAUCCUGGCCGUCCCCUCAGCAGCGGACUGCUAAGGUGGCCUGAGGCCUCCUGACUGCACCUAGGAACUUACUUCUUCAGCCACGCACUAACGAUAGCACCGCGAGGGCAGGGGGAAGGCCGGCUUCCAGGAAAUGCAGGGCCGAGGACAGGGUCAAGGCUUCCCUGACUGCCCCUAUUGUCCCUCCAGGGGACCAGGAGUAGCUUACGGAAGAGGGAGAAACCACUCCCCACAAUGACAAGUCCCCACAGUCCUCUGCUGAGAAGGGGGAGAGGGGCCCAGAUGACUCUGUGCAGGCAAGAUGUGAUCAGUGACAGGUGGCAGCCACUGGAGGCCGUGUGGCUCUGGGGAGCCCCUUCUGCAGGGGCUGGGGGGACCAGAAGAGAGCACUUUCCCCCACUCCUGUCCCCAAUACUUCUCUCAUACCCUACUCAGGCCAGAGCCAGACAGCCUGGCAAUAGUGGUAGGGGUCAAGUUCCCAUUGCCCCUCCCAAACAGGGACAGUGACCUCUGACCCAUUGCACACACACAUCAGCCCUCCCUGAAAACAAAAAUGACAUAGAAGCUUCUCCCUGGAUUACAGCUGACGCCACGGGUGCAGACUGAACGCCAGUACCUUCAGCCAAACUUGGGAACCAAGGGCCAAACCCUGUGGACCUGCUAAACUGAGGGCCCUUUAGUCCAGAGGGAAGGUUCAAAGUUUGGGGACACUUGACUGAAGCGCCAAAUCAGACUCUCUGAAGCAGGGCCAGAGGCUAUAACCCUCUCUCUCCAAUGAGAAGGCAUGAGAAACAUGGCUGAACAAAGGGCAAAAUCCGCAUUUCCCCCAAAACGAUUCCUCAGUUGCUUUAGCAGUGACGCCUUUCAAAUGCAAUUUUACCAGGAAGCUUAUCUGAAACAAAACCAGAGCUGCUGGGGUGGGAGCAAUCCCCACCCUGUCCUGCCCUCAGCAGCCAUGGUCUUUGCCAGGGGCCCAGGGCUCCCAAGAACAAUCAGAACCCUCUGAUUCGAGAGGCCAUCAGAGUCAGCCACCAAAUUCUCCCACAUAAUUGGGUCUAUUCCUGAACUUUCACUGCUCACAUAUCAAGAUAACCAUCCCCUGUAGCUUUAUAAAAUACUUUAACAUCUGAUAGGGACAAAUCUCCAGAACCAUCAAGUACUUCUUCCCAUCAACACUAGGAAUCCAGAGGACCUGCCCAUUGAGCCAACUGGGCACUUUCCAGGUAGAGUCCUCCCUGGCCUGGCAAAGCCCCACCCACUCACCCCUCAGGAGUUGAUGCACCUGGUGGGUGACCUAUAUCCUUAGCUAAGUCCUUACAGCCACUAGCCUGAACCCACAACCUGGGUCUUACCAGUAACCGUUCGUACAACGGCCCGCCUUCAAUAUCCUCAAAAAAUGGGUAGAAAAUGAGGAAAUUUUUUUUCCCUUUAAGACCUUGAGAUUCGGAAGUUCCAGCAGGGCACCCAGGGGGUAAAGAGACGGCCACCUUUCAUCCCUUUUGGCAGGUGGGCCCUGGCAAGGGGGCCCAGCCCUGUCCUCUUCUGCAUAAAACAAAAGGGCCCUGAGGUUGGUAAACGGAUAAGGCUCAAGCCAAGGCUCAGGUGUCAAAUUUGCAGAAAAUGUGUGCGAGGAAGCAUGGAAAUAAACUGGUCUUUUAGCUCCAU